UCAUCUGGCAGAACCGCGGGCACCGCGGUCACUGGCACCAAGCUCGACAGCGGGCACCGAGUCAUCUGGCAGGACAGCGGGCACCGAGUCAUCUGGCAGAACCGCGGGCACUGGGUCACCAAGCUUGACAGCGGGCCAUCAGGCAUCGGGUCAUCUGGCUCGACAGUGGGUACCGGGUCAUCUUGCUCGACAGCGUGUACCGGGUCAUCUGGUUCGACAGCGGGCACCGGGUCAUCUGGCUCGACAGUGGGUACCAGGUCAUCUGGUUCGACAGCGGGGCCACCGGGUCAUCAGGCAUGGGGUCAUCUGGCUCGACAGUGGGCACCGAGUCAU